AUGCGUUCUGACAGCCUCUUCGCGCUGGCCAGUCUGGCGAGCUACGUUCUCGCCCUGCCCGCCGAUCUCUCGUUGGACAGGCGCAACUUGAACGUUGGCGCUGACGUUGAGAUUGGUGAUCUCUCCAUCGAUGCUGGUCUUUCGGUUGAUGCCGGACUGGACCUCAAGGGACUGAUCGGUGCUAUCCUCGGUGGACACGACAGCACAACCACUCUCCUCGCUGGUCUGAGUGCUCAGGCAGCUGCUGCCCUGCAGGGAGGUGCGCUGGGUUGCAAGGCCGGUGCUAUCCACAGUGCCGCCAGGGCUGAACUGGCCGCGUGGCUCCGAACUGGAGCUGCUCUCGAGCUUGAUGCAUCCAUAAAGGCAUCUUUGCUCGACUGGUGUCACGGUGAGGAGUCCGCCAUCCUGUCCGUCGACGUUUGCGCUGGCCUGUCGGUGCUGAUCCCUACCUGCGCUGACAUUGCUGCCAAGGGCGAUCUCUUCGUGACCAUCGAGGGUAUCUUCACUUCCGUUGAGAUCGCUGCCGAUGUCGUGCUGAGCGCAUCCGCUCAGGCUUCUCUGUCUGCAUUCCUCUCUGGAUCCCUCGGUCUUGCGCUCGACGCCAAGGUCAAGGCUGCUCUUGGUCUCUGUGCUGGUGGCGGUGUCAUUGUUGACUUGGCCGCUGACGUCAAGGCUGCCCUGACGGCUUGGCUCUCCAGCUCCGAAUGCUCCCUGAGCGCUUCUCUGCAGAUUGCCGUUGAGGCCUGGCUGGACGGCCGGGCUGGUGGCGAUGUUAUCGCCAUUGGCUCCUUGCCUACCGGAGGCCUGACAGCGAUCUCCGCCGGUGCUUCCAUCGGCAUGCUUGUUGAAGAGACUGGCAUUCUUGCUGCCAGUGCCCAGGCUUCUCUCGCCGCCUUCCUCGAGGCCGAUAUUGCUAUUGACCUUGAAGCUCACGUUCUGGCUGCCCUCCAGGCUUGCGCCAAGGGAAGCCUUGCCAUCGACAUCGAUAUCGAAAUCCGCACCGCCCUCGUCGCCUGGCUCACCAGCUCGAGCUGCUCGCUCGGCGCUGAGCUCAAGGCUGUUGUGCUGUUCUGGCUCUCUUUCGGUCUGGAGGCUGACGUCUCCUUGAAUGUGUCCACCGGUCUCAUUGGCGAGUUGACUACCUUCAUCACUGGCACUGUUGAGGCGUCUCUGGGCGCCGUUCUCCGUGGUGUGAUCUCUGUCCUCAUUCACGGCCAGAGCGUGGCCACCCUGUCCAUUGACGCUCGUGCUCAGCUCGCUGCCAUCCUUGGUGGUGCCGCUGGUAUUGAGAUCGACGCCAGCAUCGAAAUCAUUCUGUUCGGAUGGCUCACUGGCUGUGGCCAACUCCCCGGCGGUUCCACCUUCACUUCCACCGUCGCCAUCCCCAGCAGCACUGGAGUCCCUAGCCUCCCUUCGGCCUCCGUUACCGGUGUUCCUUCUAUCCCGGCCGUCCCCACUGGCUCCGGUGUUCCUAGCGUCUCUGCACCUGGUGUUCCUUCUAUCCCGGCUGUCCCCACUGGCUCCGGUGUCCCUAGCGUCUCUGCACCUGGUGUUCCUUCUAUCCCGACAGUCCCCGCUGGCUCCGGUGUUCCUAGCGUCUCUGCCCCUGGUGUCCCCGUUCCCAGCAAUGCUUCCCCUACCGGUACCACCAGCGUGCCUACCACCGGUGCUCCCUCCGUCUCUGUCCCUUCAGUGCCCGGGGCUUCUGAGACUCCCUGUGAUACCACCACUUCUCAGACUGUGACUCCAAUUGCCACCAACACCGGGGCCGUUCCUGCUCCCUCUGGUGGUGCUCCUGGAGCCCCCAGCGUCACUAUUCCUUCUGGUGGUGCUCCCUCUGUCUCCGUCCCUUCAGUGCCUGGGGCUUCCGAGACUCCCUGUGACACCACCACUUCUGAGACUGUGAUUCCAAUUGCCACCAACACCGGGGCCGUUCCUGUUCCUUCCGGUGGUGCUUCUGGGGCUCCCAGCGGCUCCGUUCCCUCGGCUCCCAACGCUUCUUCCCCUGCUGGCUCCGUGGUCCCCUCGAAGUCCGGAUCCGAGCCCGUUCCCGUUGCUACCAAGACCGAGCCCGGUGCUCCCGGUAUCACCGCUGCUCCUACUGGCGUGCCUUCGAAGUCCGUUACGGUGAUCACUGUGACCACCACCAUCAGUGUUUCCGCUUGCACCUACUAG